CUCCCAUACCAUUCAAAUUGGACGUAGGUGCGAGGAGAGCAAGGGGGUGCUAGAGCCUGCGAACGGCAGCACCCAUCAGCAGACAACAACCAAGGCGCCGACAAGAUGUUCCAGAUUCCAGAUGCCCAAGCGAGCGUGCCUCCAGUAGCCCGCUCAUCCAGGCUCUCCUCAGCAUGCGCCAUGACCUCUCGUCGCGACUUGGCCGAAUGCUCGCAAAGUUCAGAACAGGCAGAGCGGCGGCCCGUGCGCUCCAGAUGGGCCACCCCACCGCACUCGUAUCGCACUUGCAUACAUAAUUCUCUUUUCUCGUCAGCAAAUCCCACUUAGCAUUCGUAGCUCUAUGCCGCUGUGAGCACGAAGAACCGGGCUUAGUCUUCUUGAGACGAUGUGCAAUACAGGCAUCUUAGCCGCAGACAAUCGCAAGUAACUCGCCCCUGCCCA